GUUCCAACUUAAGCGGAAACAGCAUAGCAAUUUUUUUCCCUCUAUUUAAGCGCGCCAACAAGGACCGUUCAAGUGGGUCUGUUUGGGUUCAUCGGGUUCUGCAGAGCAGGCUGCUGGCUUUUUUCUGUCAUCUCGCUGGUCUUCGAUUAAAAUGCCGGAGGAAACGUCCACAGCGUCGGGUUCUGGAAGCGCGGAAGAGAAGCCGUGCUCGUCGACAGCUGCAGCAGAAACCUCCGGUGACGUUAUGGAGGAGGCUAAAAAGCUGAUCGGCACGGGCAAACGGCAUCUGGUGAUGGGAGAUGUAGUUUCUGCCGUCAAUGUCUUCCAGGAAGCCUGCAGCAUGCUGGCUGCAAAGUAUGGGGACACAGCAGAUGAAUGUGGUGAAGCCUUCUUCCUAUGUGGGAAGUCUCUAUUGGAGCUUGCAAGGAUGGAGAACGGUGUCCUUGGCAACGCACUGGAGGGAGUCCCAGAAGAAUCUGAGGAAGAGGAGCAGCCCAAAAACCCAAACCUGGACUCUGCAGACAACCUUGAUGAGAAAACUAGAGAAGAGCUGCGAAAGCAGGUCUGUGAUGCAAUGGCAGAGAAGGAAAAGACGGAGGUAGAGCCCAAAGAGGAGGUGGAAAACGAAAACUCAGAGUCUGAGGAGCCAGUAGAUCCUGAGGCGGGAGAAACCUCGAGUUCUGCCGCUGUUGUGGAGGAGAAAAGUUCUGUCCAAGCAACCGAAGAGGACAGAGAUGCUUCAGCACAAGCCGUGAAGGAAGAGGAGGAAGAGGAUGAAGGAAUUGAAGAAUCAAAUGCAGAGGCUGAACAGACUGAUGAAACGUCAGAGGAUGACGACGACGAUGAAGAUGAGGACGAAGAGAACAACACACAAGAUAAUGAAGAGGAGGAUGUUGGGAAUUUGCAGUUGGCUUGGGAGAUGCUUGAGGUGGCCAAAGUCAUUUUUAAAAGAAAGGAAAGCAAGGACGACCAGCUGAUGGCAGCACAGGCUUAUCUGAAACUGGGUGAAGUCAGUGCAGAAACAGGUAACUACCCUCAGGCGCUAGAAGACUUCCAGGAGUGUCUGACUUUGCAGCUGAAGCUUUUGCCGCCUCACUGUCGCCUGCUGGCCGAGACGCACUACCAUGUUGCUACGACGCUGGUCUCCAUGGACCAGUACAACCAGGCCAUCCAGCACUACAACAGCUCCGUAAAGGUCAUCGAGACGCGUCUAGCCAUGCUCCAGGAGGUCAUUGACGCAGCGGCUGGAGAUGACGGUGCUGCAGAGGAGAAAAGUGAGCUGGAAGAACUCAAACAGCUUCUUCCUGAAAUCAGGGAAAAAGUGGAAGACGCCAAAGAGAGCCAGAGGACAGCCAGUGCUGCCUCCCAGGCAAUCCAGCAGACACUGGGAGCUCCCUCUACUUCAUCAACAUUCCCCUGUGAAAAUGGCGGCCCGUCAUCCUCUACUGCUUUUGUGUCGACCAGUCAGAUUCCAGUGAAAACCUCUGAAAGUGCUUUGUCUUCCAAAGCUGUGUCGGAUAUCUCUCACCUCGUUAGGAAAAAGAGGAAACCGGAAGAGGAGAGCCCAGUAAAGGACGCAGAUGCUAAGCAACUGAAACAGGAAGCCACAGUUAAUGGCAGCGGUGACUCUAGUGCCAGCAACAGCAGUGAAACCCAGGAAGGAAAAUCAAAGGAGUCUGCCGCUGUAGAGUCUUCCUCGUGACCGCCUUGAUCCUCUUCAUCACUCUGAAACCAGCACAGCAUGCCUCUCCAGCUCCUCACAUCCAGUACUCUUGUUUCUGUAAAUAACUCAUUUUCACUGAUUUGUCUGUCACGUUUUUGUAUACUUGUGGUAAAAAAAAAAAAUAAUAAUAAAGAAUUUGCAGAUGUAAA